AUGGCAACAGAGACUUCAGCAGAUGAAAAUGUCUCUCUUGUUGAUCAAAAUCUACGUUCAGUCGUCUAUAAUCCAUCGUUAAAUUCUUUAAUUUAUCUCAAUGAUAAACAAGAAAUCAUUGUUCGUAGUGCUGAUCAACUCUCCACAUUAUUUCAUCGAACAUUACCGAUAAACAACACCACUGAAUCCUAUGAAAUCAUUCCUUGUCAUGAUAAAUUUCUUUUCUUAACAUCUACCCAUAUUUAUGCCCGACAAUUAUAUCAAGGUUUAUAUUUUCUCGAUUCAAUUUUAUCUUCAAUCAAUGAUGAAAACUGUUGUGUUUUAAUCGAAUUAACUUAUGGUGAUGCACAAUUGUUCUUACAAUUAUUAACAACGUUAGAUUUAACAUCAUUGACACAUAUCGCGGAAUUUCAUGAUUUACUGAAAAAUAAAUUUGAUGAACAUCAAUCAUCGUCUUUGUGGAAUGUCAUACAGUUCUCCUAUGAUUGUCUCAAUGCGAUAAAGAUCUGCUUUGACAUUCUUCGUUUACAUAAACAACAUAUUCAACAAAAUCAAAGCACUCUUUCGCCACUGCCAGGCAUUGUUGUCGUUGGCCUUUUACUUGAUUAUUUAACACGAUAUUAUCAUCAUAAGAAGUCAUUGGUUACGCCGGCCGAUGAACAGAUCGGUUCAACAAUCGACCCACCAUCGUCAACGUCAACAACAACAUCGAAUAGUACUUUGUUUAAUACAAAUAAUCGAAGUACACGGGAACGUUUGAUGUUCAGUGAAGCAACACGUUAUAGAACAUUUACAUUAUGGCCACACUCAGCCUAUCAAUGGUUAACACCGGAAAAUAUGGCCAAAGCUGGGUUUUACUACUCUCCACUGAAAGAUAAUGACGAUCGUGCACUGUGCUUUGCUUGUACUGUAACACUUGUAUGCUGGGAAUCAUCAGAUUCUCCAUGGACAGAACAUGGUCGACAUUCUCCGAACUGUCCAUUUAUCAAAGGAGAUUUUACCGAAAAUGUUCCACUACGUACGACAUGUGCGAUUCAACCGGGAAAGAAAAUCUUCUCCAACCAACAACAGCAAAAUUGGUUAAUCAGAUCCAAUGAAUUAAUAUCCAAUGAACACGUUAUACUCUUUUUAAACGCAGAAUGGGUCAUUCGUUCCGUUGAUAUUACUAAUGUCAUUCACAUCAAAACAACAUUAGCAUUGAAAAGUCUGGUUGAUCAAUUAACAACUGAUACCAAUCAGGAAGAUAAUUCCCAAAUACAGAAUCCAAGUUCGACGAUCUUCAUCGAACAUUUCGAUCGAUCGUCAACACGACGAUAUUUGAAUUCAACGUUAGUUCCCUUAGCUUUGACCAUGUAUCCAUCAUCACUAAGCCAUGAAAAUGAGAAUUCCAUCAUUUUCUCAUUUGUUCACAUCCUCGAAACAGGAAAAUGUCUUUUCUUGACAACAACCACCAGCAAUCAAUAUGAUAACAUGAUAUCAUCACGUGCAUCAACAGUUACAAAUAGUCCACAUCAUGACCAAUCGACCGAACCGAAUGUAACCGAAACGACUAAAUCCGGAACGAAUAAUAAAUACGAUUAUUUAAUUGAAUUCUCGAAUUUCAAACAAACACCCAAACAAGCGUUUCUGUUUCAUUUAACUAAAAGUAAAAUGUUGUUAUUAAUCAAUACAACGGAAUGUCUUCAUAGUUAUGGCAUCGAAUUCGAACAGAUGAAUUUAACUUCAAAAAUACUUUUCUAUCAUUGUGUUCAUCAAUCAUCUACGAAUGACAUGGAGAUCGAUUCGAUCAAUCCAAUUGUAUUCGAUGAAGAUGAAACAAUGAACGCUGAUGGCCAUUCGAUAUUGAGUAAUGAAGAAGACAAUUUCGAAUAUGAACCUGAGGGUCGCGAAGAAAAGGAAGAUGAAGAAGAGGAAAAUGAAAAUUAUGACGAAGAAUACGGAAAGAAGAAAGCAACGAAACGAAAACGAUUAUUAAUUUGCUUAAAAUCUGGCCAACUGAUUUUCUAUGAUAUUCAUUCAACACUGAACACGGAAAAUCAUUCGGAAGGGAAUGCAGUUGGAAUUCUUGCUGAUCAACAAGUCACUGGUCAUGUCAACAAGUGUGUACAUGUCAGAGGAACAGAAUUUAUCUAUGUAUGGACCAACGAUCUUGGCGUGAAAAAGCUCAAUAUUCGCGAUUUAUUCUCAUCAUAUUUCAUUCAUUUGCAAUCAGAUGAUCAAACCAUGACUUCUCCAAUGAAUUCAUCUCAGCCGAAACUCUCGUCGGAUGAGCAAACGACUAACUCCUAUUCUACAUCAACUCUUCGAUCGCUUCUAGCCUUCACUUCAUUUGAUUCAUCACUAGCAACGUAUUUCUUCGCCCAUGUCAAUUCUUCUUUUUGGAUCGACACUUUGGACACACCGAAGACAAAUGUCGAACGACACACAUGGCGUUUACAACAACCGAACAUCACUCAACCCCAACAACAAACAUUGGCAGCAUCGAACCAACCAGUCAUUCCUGCUAUACAUAUUUUCGAUCUACAAACAGCUACACCAUGUAUUCUACAUACAAUCGAAUUUCGCUAUACACUCAAUCGACAACAUCUGCAUAAAAAGAAUCUGUUUGUCACACUUUAUCGUGCUUCGAAAAAUCAAAACGAUGUCGAUCAAAAAGUAGAAUUCAAUCAACUGGAUUCGUCGUUGAAUUAUUCAAAUGAAGAUAUUCUUGCCGGUCCAUAUUCAUUGAUUGAUUACCUCGAAUCACCUACACAUGAUAAAGGUCUCAUUCAGUUAUGUUCCUAUGAUCUAUUAACACAUAAAUCCAAACAUUUUCGUCUUGUUCUCCAAUCGAAAUCUUCAUCACUAUCCACUCAAUUAAAUCUUUUCCCGAUCGAAAUCAUUUCCAUCACACUUCGAUCGACGAAACAUCAAAGCCGCUUGUUACGUCUAUAUGAAUCGUCAACCAUCAACAGUUUGAUUUCAACCAUUUUGACUACCACAAAUGAGAAGAAAAUUCUCUAUGCAUUGAAUUUGUUAAUAUCGAUUAUUUAUACAACAAAUGAUUUGAGUAAAUUAAAUCAAAUGAGAAGUGCAAUUUUGAACGAAACACUUUUACAACGAACAUUGACCAACGCAACACGAACGAUUGCGAAACGUAUGGCAACGUUGAUUAUGAUGUUAAUUAAAACCGAUCAAGACAUGGAGAAAUUUAUUGACAACUUUUUGAAUCUAUUUCCAAUGAACGAUCAAUGUCUACUAGGAUUUAAAUCUUCAUCAGCAUUGAAAUGGUUUUUUGUUAUCAUUGGACAAUGGAUGAAGGUGUACCAAUUUCAAAUUGGAACAAAAUUAUUACAAUGGUUAUUGCAGUUGGCGGAUAUUAUACAAAAUACAGACACAAUGCAGAGACAAACAUUGAGAAAUAAAUUUGGAUUCUAUUCCGAUCCAUUUGAUGCUCAUUUGUUCGAUGUUGAUCUGGCGACAUUGAUCGAAUGUAGUCUUCGUCAACGUAAUACGACCACUUCGUGUUCAUCAUCUUCAAAUUCAACAAAUCCGUCACAAUCAUCACGUCCACCUGGUAUGAGUGAUAAUUCUUACGAUCCGCGUAUAUAUUCUCGUUACGGUACAACGGGCUUACCUGUGAUACCAACUGAUCCGGAAUCAUUAUAUUCAUCGUCAAAUAUUCAGUACGUUCUAUCAAAACUUUUACCAAAUUCGUUAUCAUCAUCGAAUGUUUAUCUCAAACCAAUACCCGGUCUCUUUGAAAUCACUCCAUUGAACUAUACAGUUCACUCAUCAGCUGAAGGAACUCGUCUCGAACGUGUUGAUAUAACACAUCUAUUAACUUUACGUACAUACGAAGCAAGCAAUGUUCCUCCUUCGACAAACGUCGCUUUCGGUACUGGUUCGCACCAUCUCUAUCAUCCAACAACGUCAAGUUCGAUUCCUCCACCUCCACUUCCUCCGGCUAUCUCAACAUUCAAUUCUACUAGUACAUUUCCAUUUUCGUUUCCAACUCCGAACAUCAAUACGUAUUACGACACACUCUAUAUGUUACCGUCGACGACAAAUACAACGACAAGUUCGACAACGGUGAAUGAUCCAACAUCAACAAAUGUUUCGUCAUUUCCGAUAACAACGACGAGUGCUGCUUCGAUGGAUAUUCCGCUAACGGGAAAUCUAAUCGCACCACCAUGGUUGCCACAUUUGGCAUUGAAAUUCAAAGAUAAACAAGGUUUACAAAAAGAAAAAUUAAAACUAAUUGCGAAGAAAAACAAAGCUGCUGCAGCUCAAUCAUCGAUGUUAAAAAAGAAUUCGGCGUUAUUUAACGAUCUCAUUCCUUCCAAAUCACCUUCAUCUUCAUCAUCAACAACGACAGUGCAAAAUCCAACAACCAACGCAACCAACACCAAUUCAUCCACGAAUAAACCUCGUGCCGAUGACGAGACUAACAAUCUCGAUCAUCAAUCAUCAUCCAAUCCGACAACAACGGCAACAUUAGACGAAAUUCUAAACCAAAUAUCCAACAAUCUUCUCCAUGGUCAUUACUUACCAUUAUAUCAAUUCGUCAUCGAUCGUCUAUCAGGCGGUGGUCGAAGUCACUUCGUAUUAGAUUUUGGUCAGCAAGUGACACUGACAGAUAUAUUAAUUCCAUCGUGUCAAGAAUUGGCUUCGUUAAGUUUAGAUUUUUGGACACAUGGUGAACAUAUCGACUGUCAACGCUUAUUUUCUUCGACAUAUAUUUCAACUCAACCAUUCUUUCUACAUGAUUUACAACCCGCGAUUACUGCUCGAUAUAUUCGUAUAACGUUAAUUGGUCAAUCGAACAUUUCUGUCUCAUCCAUUCGUUUACCAGUUGGAUACUUCUUUGGUUAUCCGUAUAUGUUGAAUAACGAUGAGAAUACUAAUGAAAAUACGACAAAUUUUCAUGAAAAAUAUCAAGUGAAGUUGCAAGUGAUCGAAGGAAUUUAUGAAACUUUGAUAUCAAACUAUGCACUAUGUCGACAGAAAUUAUUCAACCUAUUAUCAACACCGGAUAACCUUGAGAAGAGUUUUAUUGAGAAGAUCUAUCGCGAAUGCAUUCAAUUACAAAUCCAAAUCAAUCACGCAAAAAGACAAAUUCAUCAAUGUAAACAAAUUCUUAAACUUGAAACAAACACAACCAAUUCUCGUCAACCAACCAGCGAUUACUUGAGAUUAUUAGCUGAUUUACUAACAAAUGAACUGACAUCACUAUCAGGCAUUAUUCAACAAUCAGAAAACUCUUCAUCAUCGUUCAUUUCAUUGAAUCAAGCAUUGCAAAUCUUCGACACAUUUGCUAUUCGUCAUGUGCAGAUUGUUGAUAUGCCUAAACGUCUGUUACAACUAUGUUCGUAUCAUUCCUGGUGGCCGGAAUUUGUGAAAGAAUGUUUUCAACGUUAUUUUCUUUCGAAUGAAAGUUUAACUUUCGAUCAACAACAAUCUUUAUUCAUUAAUCUUGUGGAUCUAUGUGAACAAACACUUUUAACCGUCAAUUCACCGACGGAUUCUAUGAUUUUCUACAAUCGUCUAUUAGCUAUCGAAUAUCUAAAUAAUAUUUACAAUUUAUUAUUAAAUACAAAGAAAAAUCAUAAAUCUAUCGAAUGGUUGUUAUUGUUUAUCUAUCGUUUAUCGGAAAAGAAUCUUUUUCCUUAUUAUUACGAACAAACUAACAAGAAAAGUCAUUUUUCGCAAUUGAUUUCCAAACAUUGGCAAUUUCUUCAUACAUCUUCGAUCAUCCCAAGUCCACGUUUAAUCAAUCCUGCAACGAACUAUCGUCGCAAACUGCGCAAAGAAACUUUAUUGAAAAAACCGAUGAAAUCCUCUUCGACAACUCUCUCAACACCCAUUCCGUCCUCUUCUUCUUCGUCAAUCAUCAUCUCCCAAUCAAAUUCAAUCGAUUAUUUCUGUCAUCGUUCGUUAGUUUUAAACGUUUGUCAAUAUCUCCUCGAGAUUCUAAUUCAGAAUGAAAAUCUAUCUAAUGAAUUAUUCAUUCUGAUCUGCAAAUCUUUAUCGGAUAUUAAUCGAUCGUGUAAACCAUUGAUUCUGCUGAACGAAUAUACAACAAAAGAGAAUUUAAUCAAAUUAAUCUUCGCAAACCAACAAGUUUGGAUGAAACAUGCUCUGAUUUACUUCUUAAUCGAUUCGAUCGAUAAUGAAAUCUAUUUGCCCAACGAAGUUUAUGAACACGAACGAGAAGAAGAGGAAGACAUCGAAGUGGAUAAUGAAGAAGAAGAGUGGACCAAGAAAAAACACUUUCCGGCAUUCAAAAAAUCGAAAAAGAAACUCACUUCCGUCGAUCAAGAUCUUCUCUAUCCAACCACCGAUGAAUUUCUGUACUUACUAACCCAGUCUUCAUCGUUUCAACAAUCGGCAAGUUCAUCUCAACAGCAAAAUGCACUAUCUAAUGCGAAUUACGAGAUUAUACCUUUCUCCAUCGACAAUCGCCUCGAUGGAAACAUUCAGAUCAUCUUCGAUUUGUUUACCAUUAAUCAAUCUUAUAAAAUUCAAAAGUUAUUAAACAAAAAUCUUUAUCGAACAAACCAAAAUUCAUUUGAAUAUGAUUUACACAUGGAGAAUUCAGUGGAAAAUGCGCUCGAACCGAAGAAAUUCUUCAGUGAAUCAACAAUUGAUUUGUUAAACGAAAUUUUCCAGACGAUGUUACGCGAACUGAUUGCAAAACAAGACAAAUUCUCUUACGAAGUCUUCGACAACAUCGAACAUUUACUUUCGUCGUAUUUAAUGAUUUCUUUAGCGAAUUAUUCGAAAAAUUUUCAUCAAAAACCAACGGAAAGUGUUCACGGAAAUCAACCACCGAUCAAUGUUCAUUUAAAACCACUAUUUCUCAUGUCAAUCGAAACAUUGAACCAAUUUCUAACCUUCAUUUAUAAAUCUUCAUUAGUAACCAUCCGUUUAUGGCAUCAUUUAUUUUCUUUACUCUACUACUCAAGUACAAACAUUCAAUUAGCAAAUCAAAUGAAACAGAAUUGGUUCUGUGGUGAUAUCGAGAAUAGCCUAUUCGCUCAAAUUUGGUUGAAAUUCAUUCAAACCACACGCGAAAUGAUCGAUGAGAGUACUAUUGAUGUGAUCAUCAACUAUUUCGAACGAUUGUUCAUGUGUGACGCUGAACAACAGAAUAAUUCCGAACAGAUCAAAUCAAGUAAACGAACAGCGACGUCGGAUGAACUCGAUCCUCCGGAAGAAAGUUCCUCUCCAACGAAGGUCAAUCGUCCUUACUUAAAUACCCUGCUUUCACUUCUAAAUCGGCUGAUUCUCGAUGGUUUUCACGGCCCGUUGAAUUGCCAUUUGAAGUUUUUGACUUAUCUCUUCAAACAAAACUUUUCUCAAGCCACACCAUCAAUUCGGUUGACGCUCUGCCGGAAUAUUAUCGAUUAUGUUUGGUCAUUCUGUUAUUCCUACUCACCACUUUCGUUUACAUUGACAGACAUUCAUCCGUUGAUAUGUUUUCUCAAUUACGAUCGACUUCACCAUCAUCGACAAAGUUCUUCAACAGCAAAUCCAGUUGUUCCAUCGACAGCAUCGACAUCUCCGUUGAACAAAUGGGGUAUUGUGAAUACAGUGAAUAAAUUAUCCAUACAAAAUAAUCAAGCGUCACAAACGACGAAUGAACCGAUGUCAACAAAUGCCAAUGCGAAUGCAACUACGAAAAUCACGCCGGUUCGUCGACAAAGUAAUCUUCGUGAUAUUUGCGUUCGACAGAUGAUCUUAUUAAUAACUAAAUUGAUGGAAAAUACUAGUGGAUCAGUCGAUCAACAACGUAAACGUUUCAAAUUCGAACAGGAUGAUCAGAAAGGAUCAUUGGAUGCACUUGUCGAUGAAGAAUUCGAAGAUAUGCUCGAAGCGAACUAUAUCGAAAAGCUUCUCUCCAUUCUUUCAACUUGCCAUUCAGCAUUAGAUUCUUCGCCAUCGAUACCAAUCAAUUCUUCCAGUAAAUUUCUCGCUGCAUCCAUCAAUUCAACAACUAAUCAUCCAUCUUUCAUCCAUACAACAAUCCGAUUAAGUCUUAAUGAUCUACUUUCCGUUGGCGAUAGUAUUUAUUAUUGUUUAUCAUCAUUUUUAUCCCAACCGAACUACCUUCUACCCAUUCUUUGUCAUUAUCUGUCAACCAAACCUCUUCUCUCAUCACCAUUAUUAUUAUUUAUUAUCUAUUCAUUACACAAUCCACAAAAUCUCGAUGAAAGUCUCAAGCAGUACGAAUUCUUGAACUUAUUAGUGAAUAAUUUCAUUUCAUUUUCAACGCACCUAUCAAACCAAGCCCAAAUUCCGUCGAUCCAACGUAUUUACGACCAACGACAAUCCUUGAAUACAAAUCAAAUGGAUAUUGGUUCAACAAACCUCGCUCCACAAUGUCAAAUCACCUGUUCAAAUCCAAAUGCUACAUCACCGGAAAUCUUAAUCCAAGCGAAUAAUAAUCACCAAAACACUCUUCCAUCAUCAUCACGUCGCCUUCGUUCGCCACCUUGGUCUUACACAUUCUCUCCCACAGAACAACGUUGUACCUUAACAGUUCAUUUUCCCUACUCGAUUAUUUUGAAAUCGAUUCAAAUCAUCACAUUUUCUCAACUAUCGGUAAAUCACUAUACCAUCAUUGAUCAUCUACAUACGAACUUAAGUCAAUGUCCAUCAUCAAUUACAUGUGAAAUCUCAUCUGAUGGUUACUAUUUCAUUCCGUGUGCAUACCUUCUCAACACUCAAGGUCAACAAGUAAUCAAUUUAUCCAUCACAAAACAAAUUGAUAUCGUUCGACAACUUCGUAUUCAUUUUUCUAAGCCCAUCGAUCACGACACAAUCGGUUUACAACAAUUACUUAUCUAUGGUUACUAUUCCUAUGAUCAACAAGCGAUUAUUGAACAAACGAGUCAACCAUACCAAACAUUGAUCUCCACUGUCUAUGGUCGACAGAUCACCUUGAGUAAAUCCAGUUCGAAUUCAUCAAUUGUUACAACUUUGAAUGAUGAAGAUAUCAAAGUGAUGUAUUCGUCAAUCAAACCUUCGUCAUUGAACGCGAAUAGUAUUGACAAUAGUCAUCAAGUAUCGAUGAUUCUAGCGGAUAAAUACCGUUCAUUGAAUCACUAUUUACAAUUGAUACAUUUGUGUUUGAAAACUCCAAUGAAAAUAUCUGAUGAACUCUUUCAAAAGAUUCUUUAUCUAUUAGAAAAGAAGUUUUUGUUGAACAGCGAUUGGAUAUUCAAUGAAAUCUUCAUCUAUCUCGGACAUCAGUGCACGAACGACCAAUUCGAGAGAUUAGUCGAAUAUUUAAUGACUUACAAUCAUUGGCAAAUCUUAUCGGAAUUGAAUUUCAAUGAAACGAAAAUCAACUACUUGAUCAAUCAUUUGAAACAUUCGUCGAUCAAUCAACAAGUCGUUCAAAACAUCUUCUGGAAAAUCAAAGACGAAAAUUUUGUCUUCAAUGAUCAAACCAUCGAACAUCUAAUGUCGAACUAUCCAUGGCUACUACCAGCGAUCGCUCAUCACAAACCAUUUUUAGUUAUUAAAAACUAUUUCAAUCAAAUUGAUUCCCAUGUUGAAUAUUUCAAACAAUUAAAACUCGCUUCGACCAGUGUGGAAUUUCUCAAUGAAAUUCUCAUGAAUGAUUUGUUUCUCCGAUCCAUCGUAGAAUUAAAUCACGAAAUUUCAUCAAUGAAAUUCAAUGAUCAAUUCAUUUCCCAUGCGUUAGAUUAUCUCAUUUCAGUUAGCAAAUAUUCCAAUGUUCAAUUAUGGUUCGCACAAACCGAUCAUGCGUCCAACAUUUGGAAAAAACUAUUAGACCUAUUCAUCAAUCCGGAGAGUUUAUCCGCGGUCCAAUCACCAUCAAUAAUCUUAACACAAUUGAUCACCUUGCUGAGAAAUUUGUCAAUUCAAUGUCCAACCAAUCAAAUUAAUAUGACUUUGAUUGCCUCGUAUUUAGCUUAUUUGACUGAACAACGUUUGGAACAAGAUCGACCUUUGACGGGGUAUUUACAAUACAUUCUUAGUGAAGUGGUGCUCAAACAUGAAUAUAUUCAAUGUUUGAUCAAUACUCGCGAUUAUCCAAUCAACACGAAGGAAUAUUCCGCAUUUCAGAGAAACUCAUUGUAUCAUCGAUUGAUACAAGACUGUCCGAUUUCGAUGAAUAUCGGACAAUUGAUCGAGAAAUUCUUCGGUUUUAAUUAUUUACAAGCGAAUAUUUGGACGGCGACGAAUUAUAUCAAGAAUAAAAGUCAUCUGAUUAAAGCAUCAAGUGAACCAAUAAGCACAAAUCAUCGUAGGAAGAUUCCACGAGCGGAAUUAGCUUCAUUAAGAUCGAAUUUAACUGGAAAGUUAUCCACAAAAUCCAUCAGUUCAUUAGCUAAUUUAGCUAAACAACAUAAAUCGUCUUCGAAAUCUGUAACAAAUGAAUCAACAACAUCGAAGAAGCCUUCUUCCUCUUCCUCCUCCUCAUCAUCAUCUUCGUCAAUACCAGUGGAGAAUAUUCAUUUUAUCCUACAUAUUAACGGCGAAAAGAAACAAUGUAUUCUUCCGAAAACAACACGUCUUAGCGAUUUAUUAUUAUCAUUCGAUUGUCGAUCGUUAAACAUCUACGAAGUUGAUGUCAUUGAGAUGACAUUCGAUAAUCAUAUUGAACUCAACGAUACACAGGAAAAUGAUCUGAUUACUCCGAGAUCAAUUGUCGCAAAUAAAGAUUAUCCAACUUUACUUGAUACAUUUGUACAUGCAAAUGGACUGAAAAUUCUCGCUCAACAUUUCGCUCGUAAUUAUCCGUCGAUUCAAUCAUUUGAUGAAUGUAUUACAUCUUCUACAUCGACUGCAAAUGUCUUCGAUAAAAUUAACUUCUUCGAUUUUUCAUCUCUGGUCUCCACUUCAUCAUCAUCGAAUAGUUCAAACAAUAUGACAAUGCCUUACUACGUUUUCAUCACAUUCUCGAUCUUUCUUCGUUUACCGAACUAUGCCCGAGCGAUGUUGAAAAAUCGUUCCUUAGCCUGCAACAUCAUUCGCCUAAUGCUCGGACAGAAAGAAUCGAUUUUGAACGAAUAUCAAGACCAAACUCACCAACAGCAUCAGGACAAUUUCGACAUGCGACAAAUAUCGAAAUUACCAUUCGAAACUCUAUCAAUCCUCUUAAAAGAUUCUCCGGAUGAUUUAUUGGAUGAAAUUUUACAUUCAAGUAUCCUUCUUCUCUUACUUUCAUGUUUAUCAUCCAUCACACGUCACCCACAUCGAAAACAAAAAGAUGCUGCAUCCAAUUCGAUUCCUUCUAUAUCACUCGUGCCACCACCAUCUCAACCAUCGAUGAAUUCUGAAACCAUGAUGGAUGAUAAUGAUGAUGAAUAUUACGAAGACGAUAUCGAACAAAUCGAAUCGUCAACCAUUCAACAAUUGAAUACCAUUAACAACAAUAAUAACAAUCCUCAUUCGAAUGCCAUGAAUACCAAUCCGAAUUUUUGGGCGAAAGGAACUGGCUUUGGUACAGGUUCAACCCAUUCUCAAUGGAAACCAGAGGAAAUACUUCAAAUUCAAAAACUUCAUGAAGAACAUGUCAUCUAUCUCUUCGACAUUUUUCAUUCGAUUUUUUCCAACAAAUUAUCGGAAGAUCUUCUAGACGAACAUUUAAUCGAAAUUAUCAACACAUCAUGUUUGAUUCCUGUGUUAGAAUCGUAUUUACGCAAUGAUUCUAUCUUAGAUCUUUCCAAACAAGGUGACAUUCAUCGUCAUUGCUUACGUUUAGUGCAUUGUUUGUUGAAUAAUCAAAAAUUGAAGAAUUUAAUUUAUCAGACGAGUAAUAUUGAAUAUUUAAUUGAAAAUCUCCUUCAAUGUGUGCAGACAUAUACAUCAAUGAUUCAAAUCGAUGAUGAUGAACAAUUGAAUCUGUUCUCCGUUGAGUUAAAACAAGUUUAUGAUCGAAUCAAAGAAGAACAGCAGAUCGCCAAAGAGUCAAACAGUGAAAAUCUUCAAUUAUCAACAAAACAGUUGGUAAAUUUAGAAGAAUUCUAUAGUCAAACAAUGAAAUUAUUACAAUUCAGUACAUAUCCAAUUACGAUCGAAAAUGAAUCGGGAGAAAAAGUUCUUUUCAACAAAAACAUGAAGUAUCAUUACGAAGAUAUUGUUCGCGAUGCGAUCACCAUCAAUUCCAUGCAACGAAUCAAACGUUUAGCACAAGAACAGAUCACCAUCUCUACUUCGUUACCAUUAUCAUUCAGUUCAACAAUCUUUGUGCGUUCAGAUGAAAAUCGAAUGGACAUUAUGAAAGUUUUAAUCACUGGUCCGGAUGGAACGCCUUAUUCGAAUGGUUGUUUUCUAUUUGAUGUUUAUUUUCCAAAUGAAUAUCCUACGUCACCACCAUCGAUCAAUUUGGAAACAACUGGAAAUCAUACUGUACGAUUCAAUCCGAAUUUGUAUAAUGAUGGAAAGGUUUGUUUGAGUAUUUUGAAUACUUGGCAUGGAAGACCGGAAGAGAAGUGGAAUUCAACAUCGACGUUCUUGCAAGUUUUAGUAUCAAUUCAGUCGUUAAUUUUUGUUCCGGAACCGUAUUUUAAUGAGCCGGGCUAUGAACGAACGCGUGGUACAGCAACAGGAACGUCGCAAUCGUUGGAAUAUGAUGCGAAUAUUCGACAGGCAACUGUUCGUUGGGCAAUGCUUGAACAGCUUCGAAAUCCACCUGCUUGUUUUACGGAUGUCAUUCGACGACACUUUUUCCUUAAACGAAAUGAAAUUAUUGAACAAUGUGAAACAUGGAUUCGAGAAUUGCAGGAAACAUCAUCAACAGAGAAACGUGUUAGUUCAUCUAUAAAUCAACAUUUAUCCUCGUUGAUUCGUCAUACUAAUGACCUGAAAAAAGAAUUUGCUCGUCUCACACCACCCGAUGAUCUAACCAUUCCAUCUGAAUUAUCAAAUCUUUUACUCAGUGCACCACCAAAUACAAAUCUAACAACCGAUCAAGUCGCACCAUCGUCAACACCUUCGACAACAAUUAUCACACUUCCAUCAGUAUCGGACACAAAGCAAACAUCCGAAUCGGUCAGCAAUGCAGCAAUAGCCGAUGAACAUUCAAUACAAAUUAAAAUUGUACCUAAUCUUCAAUAUCAAACAUCAACAACAUCAACUACUGCUGCAACUACCGCAUCACCUUCUGCAAUAACCGAUUCCGAAGCUCAACAAUCAUCGAAUUCUCCACUAGAACUAAUCGAACAACAACAACAACAGCCACCAAACUCAUCUCCAUCAACUAACACCAACUCCUAUGAUAUCACAAUUACACACUCGAAUAGUUUACUUUCCGAUUGGACAACCACCGAUGCUCCACUUGUUCCUUUACCCGAUGAUGGUCUAACAUACGAAGAUUUACUCGAUGAUGAAGAUGACAUGGACGAUGAUUUAGAUGUUGAAGAUAUGCUGGAAUACGAAGGUGAUAUUCCUGAAGGAUAUCCCGAAGAUUUUUAUUGA